GAGCCCGGCUGUGCCUCCCGGUAGCUGAAGGUCAUUAAACACAAAAGCGCUCGGCGCUGCGGUCCAAUAUAGCGCAUGCGCCCUGCCCGGGGACUGGCAGGGAGACGGCAAUAUGGCGAGAAUGCCUGGCCGCGGGGACUGGAGCACCAGCGCGGGCGGCAGCGCCACCGCCGCCGCCGAGAACAAUGGGGAGCGGGGCGAGGGCGAGCGCCGGGCGCGGGGUCGGGGGCGCCGCCGCGGCCGCCCGCACGACUGCAGCGCGGGCGAGGAGGAGGAGGAGGAGGAGGAGGAAGAGGAGGAAGAGGAGGACGAGAUCCAGGAGGUGCAGAUAACGGGGGACGAGGAGGAGGAGGAGGAGGAGGAGGCGGAGGCGGAGGAGGACGAGGAGGAGGAGGAGGACGAGGAGGAGGAGGAGAUGGGGCUGGACUGGGAUGAGCGCCUGGAGCCCGAGGACUCGGCCGGGGAGGAGCUGGAGCCGGAGCCGGAGCCGGUCCGUAGGAUCGAUAUGGACCAGGGCGCCGCGCUGGAGCCCGAGGCGCCGCCGCGGCUGCUGUCGGCCCGCGCCCGCGGCGCGCCUCCCGGGGACGGCGCGGAGCCGGACCCCGACGGGCUGCAGCGCCCCGAGCGGGCCCGGCUGAGCGAGAACACCCGGCUGGCCACCCGCUACGCCGUGCGCAUCUUCCGGGAGUACCUGAGCGAGAAGGCGCAGAGCCCGGACUUCGAGACCAUGGACAAGGGGGCGCUGUGCCGCGUGCUGCGCUCCUUCUACGCCGAGGCGCGCUCCAAGAGCGGCCAGCUCUACAGCAAGUCGUCGCUCAUCAGCAUCCGCAGCUCCCUCAACCGCUACCUCAACGAGCCGCCCUACUGCCGCACGCUCGACCUCACCAAGGACCCCGAGCUGCGCAGCGCCAACCUGACGCUGGCCGCCGUCAUCCGCAAGCUGGAGGAGCAGGGCGCGGGCCCCGUGGUGCAGAAGCAGGCCAUCACGCGCGCCGACCUGCGCAAGCUCUACACGUCCAGCGUGUUCGGCGCCGGCACGCCCUUCGGGCUGCUCAACAAGGUCUGGUUCGAGACGUGCAUGUACUUCUGCACGCGCGGCCGCGAGAACCAGCGCGAGCUGGAGGAGGACUCCUUCGGGCUGGCCAUGGACGAGGACGGCCGCAAGUUCGUCUACUUCAAGUCCCUGGGGCCCUACCACAAGUCGCGCUCGUCGUCCUGGAGCAAGAAGCGCGCCGAGAGCAGCGACGAGGAGAACCUGCCGCGCAUGUACGAGACGGGCACCGAGUUCUGCCCCUACGCCAGCUUCGUCAAGUACCUGUCCAAGCGCAACCCGCUGUGCAAGGCGUUCUUCCAGCGGCCGCGGGACCACUGCAGCGAGGGCGACGUGACCUGGUACGAGAACAAAGCCAUCGGCAAGAACCUGCUGGGCACCCGCAUGCAGAUGCUCUCCAAGGCGGCCAAGCUCUCCAAGACCUACACCAACCAUUGCAUCGGCGCCGUCUCCAUCGCCACGCUCAACAGCAUCGCGGGCAUCGGCACCAAGCUGGGCGCGCCCGCGCUGCAGGGCUGCUACGCCGAGGCCCUGAACGGGGCGGCCCGCCACCACCCCCACCACACCACCACCCCCCCCCCGACGCACCCCUCCCACCACCACCGCCCCCCGCCGCCCUCGCUGGGGAGCACCUAUGCCCUCCCCAAAGACAGCCUGGGCGCGCCCGACGUGAAGUCCGAGGCUGCGCCCAAGCGCGCCCUGUACGAGUCGGUGUUCGCGCCCGGGGAACUCUGCGGCCCCGCUUCGCCCAAGAGACUCUGCCUCCGCCCCUCGGAGCCCGUGGACGCGGCGGUGGUGGUGGUUUCCGUGAAACACGACCCCCUGCCUCUUCUCCCCGAAGCCAACGGGCACCGAAGCGCCGGCUCUCCCGCCGUAGUCUCACCUGCUACCGUUCCCCCCGCCCAGGACAGCCGGCCCAAUAUGUCCAGACCCCUGAUCACUAGAUCUCCCGCGUCUCCGCUCAACAACCAAGGCAUCCCGACGCCCGCCCAGCUCACCAAGUCCAAUGCGCCCGUCCACAUCGACGUGGGCGGCCACAUGUACACCAGCAGCCUGGCCACGCUCACCAAGUACCCCGAGUCCAGAAUCGGAAGACUCUUUGAUGGGACAGAGCCCAUUGUGUUGGACAGUCUCAAACAGCACUAUUUCAUUGACAGAGACGGACACAUGUUCAGAUAUAUCUUGAAUUUUCUACGAACAUCAAAGCUCCUCCUUCCCGAUGAUUUCAAGGACUACACGCUGCUGUACGAAGAGGCCAGGUACUUCCAGCUGCAGCCCAUGCUGCUGGAGAUGGAACGAUGGAAGCAGGACAGGGAAACGGGCCGCGUCUGCAGGCCCUGCGAGUGCCUCGUGGUGCGGGUGGCCCCCGACCUCGGAGAGAGGAUCGCGCUCAGCGGGGACAAGUCCCUGAUCGAGGAGGUGUUCCCCGAGAUCGGCGACGUGAUGUGCAACUCCGUCAACGCGGGCUGGAACCACGACUCCACGCACGUCAUCCGGUUCCCGCUGAACGGCUACUGCCACCUCAACUCCGUGCAGGUCCUGGAGCGGCUGCAGCAGCGGGGCUUCGAGGUGGUGGGCUCCUGCGGCGGCGGCGUGGACUCGUCCCAGUUCAGCGAGUACGUGCUGCGGCGCGAGCUGCGGCGGCCGCCCCGCGGGCCCUCCGUCAUCCGGAUAAAGCAGGAGCCCCUGGACUGAGGGACCCGUUUCCUGUGCGGAAAGGAAGCGAACAGGCCCACCACCCACCAGGCCGCACCCGCGGGAGAGGGAGCUCUGCGUGCGGCUGGGAGGCCCACCACGUCCGGGACCGGACGGUGAAGAAAAGACACGUUUAUAUCCAGUAGAGACCACGCCUGUAUUCACAUGGGAACAAUUGGAAUAGGUGAUAUCCUCAAGGUGUAAAAAAUAUAUAAAUAUAUAUAUAUGUCAAAAGGUAGGAAAUGCAAAAAAAAAAGGGGGGGGGGAGCUGCGGUUGGUGCUGCGAUGGCCGCGGGGUCCCGGGCCCCCGGGUCUGACGGGAACAAGCCAUGGCCGGCGCUUCUCACAGCCGCCCGCCCACAGCCACCCGCCUGCUCCUCCUCUCUCUCUGUCCUUCUUCCUCUGAUUUCUUUUUUCAACACAACACACCUUGCCUCCGUUCCUGGCAGCUGGGGGUCCUCGGGGGCGGCCGGGCGGGACUUGAGGGAAGCGCAGGGCGCGCGGCGCUGGCUCGGAGGUGUCGGCCCGGGACGCCGCGUGCCGUCGAUGCAGAAGUCGCCCUGCUUGCCGCUCGCAGAUGCGGGCGGUCCUUGGUUUCUCAGCUGAUCGUUUCGCAAAGGGGCCAGAAUUAGUACUUGUUAGAGGCGCACCGGUUUGAGUCUGCUGCUUUCCUACGGUUUUUCAAAUUUUAUAAUGUAUUAAAUACAAUAAACUCUGUUUAAAAAAGAAGAACUGUGUGACACACACCUGUUGGGGUGAAGCCAUAUUAAAGUGAUAUUUUCCUUUUCUAAA